CAGGCUUUCUCUUGCACUUCACGUAUUCUUGUAACACAAGAAAGUGGGUCCCCCUCUUUUAUUUUAAAAAACCUAAAUCACUUGAAUUUUCUAGACGCCAUUUUGACUCCCCCAUAAUCCAUGGUCAAAUAUAGUCCACGUCAGCACCAUAACACCGACUUUCUAUCAAGUCAGCUUUGUAUAAAACUCAUCACAUUCCUCCAACGCCGUUACACAAUUGUCCUAAUAACCAAAAUCACCACGAAAAAUCUCUCUUAAUUACCCAACAUUUUUCAUAUAUUUUCAUUCAUCAUUAAAAGGCUGUGAUCUUUUCAAUCCAAAUCAAUCGCUAAGAUGAUGACACGUGCAGCAUCCAAAGCCGCACGAUCAAUCGUGACGGGUAUAGUUCUUCCACGCUAUUUCUCGACUACUAUCACCAGUAACGGUUCAAUUCUCCGAUCAAGUGAAACGGCGGCGUAUAAGCUUUUUAAUGGAGUAAGUCACGUGCCUGGAGGUGGUUCUGAUCACGUGCAUGGAGUUGUAGCAGGGUUUAUCCGGUUGCCGGUGAGGUAUAAGAGUACGGCGACGUUGCAAGAAGAAACAGAAGUGAAAGGAGUGAAGGAGGAGAAGGAAAAGGAAACCGGUUCGACCGGUGAUGGUGGGUCCCAAGAGAAUGCAGUUGUGAGUUAUUGGGGAGUUCAGCCUAAGAAGAUUGUUAGCGAAGAUGGUACUGAAUGGAAAUGGUCUUGUUUUAUGCCAUGGGAGACAUACAAGGCAGAUACGUCAAUAGAUUUAACGAAGCAUCAUGCUCCUAAGAAAUUCUUGGACAAGAUGGCUUAUUGGACUGUUAAAGCUCUUCGUUGGCCUACUGAUCUUUUCUUCCAGAGGAGGUAUGGAUGCCGUGCAAUGAUGCUAGAAACAGUAGCAGCCGUGCCAGGAAUGGUCGGAGGAAUGCUUCUCCACUGCAAAUCCAUUCGAAGAUUCGAGCACAGUGGUGGAUGGAUCAAAGCACUUCUAGAAGAAGCCGAGAAUGAGCGUAUGCACCUCAUGACAUUCAUGGAGGUAGUGAACCCUCGUUGGUACGAACGUGCUCUUGUAUUUGCUGUUCAAGGUGUGUUCUUCAAUGCCUACUUUGUUGCCUACAUACUAUCUCCUAAGCUGGCACAUCGUAUCGUUGGGUACCUCGAGGAAGAAGCUAUACAUUCCUACACUGAAUUUCUUAAGGAGAUUGAUAAUGGUAAUAUUGAGAAUGUGCCUGCUCCUGCUAUUGCUAUUGAUUACUGGAGGUUGCCUUCUGAUGCUACUCUUAGAGAUGUUGUUAUGGUUGUUCGUGCUGAUGAGGCUCACCAUCGUGAUGUUAAUCACUUUGCAUCGGACAUCCAUUAUCAAGGUCGUCAGUUAAAUGAAGCUCCUGCUCCACUUGGUUAUCACUGAAAAGUGAUCAGUAGUUCAUAUGGUCUCUGAGUAUUACAAGUUCAGUCAUUGCUAAUGUUGGUCAUACUCGGUAUUAUUUUCGUUCUGAAAUUUUAGCAACUGAUAGUGAUAUAUUAUAUGACAUAUUGUGUGGGAAAAUAUCACUAUUAAUUGCAAGUAUAAUGAAACGGUAUAAGUAUGAAAUAUAUUACCUUGUUGUAAGAGUACACUAUUCUUUGUUUUCUUCUUUUUAGUUUGUAAACUAAUGGAAUAAUGAUACUAUUUUAUUCUUACAUUUUUUUGUAUUCCUGCCAACUGCCAAGGAAUUAUCUUGUGGAUUCGCUUGGAUUGAGUGUAAAUAUUUAACUUGUAAAUAAAAGUUAAAAUAGAAAAAUAAAGUUAAUUACCUAGAAUAUUAAGGGAA